AUGCCCAUGGGCCUGGCGCUGGACGAGGCCCACCAGCUGCUGUACCUGGCGGAUGCUCGCAACCACCGGGUCCGCGCCGUGGCGCUGAGCCCUGGGGAAUACUACCAGGCGGAGGAGAACCGAACCAGCAGCGGAGCCACAGCCGAUUCGGUGAGGCUCCACGGGCCGCUGCAGCGCCUGGUCUGCGAGCCCGGCAGCGAGCUCCUGCUGGGCAGCAAGCACUGCGCAGGUAGCACCGGCAACGGCUACGCCGAGUUCCGGUCCUCUUAUGAGGAUCGCAUGGACUUCCGGGUGGAGGCUACUCAAGGCGCAGGCACCUACCAACUCCGGCUGCGCUAUGCAGAUCGCUACAGCGAAGUACGGUCAGCGGGCCACCGCCAGCUGCGUCUACUGGUGAACGGUGCCGUGGUCACCAGCCAGCUCGGCUUCAAGCCUUCGGGCCGGCUCAGCUCCGGCAGCCGCGAUGAGUACUCCUGGAGCGUGGCGGACGUGUCGCUGACAACUGGAACCAACCUCAUUCAGCUCCAGGUGACGGGCCACUGGGGCCCCAAGAUAGACCUUCUGUACGUGUUGCCGCCCCUGCCAGCCAUCACCACUGUGGCGGGCACUGGCACUGGGGCUCUGCCUGCGGUGGAGGAUGUAAGCACAGACCAGACAGCCACCGCCUCGAACCUGCGCACGCCCACAGGUCUGGCGCUGGACGCCUCCGCGCAGCUGCUCUACAUCGCGGACACCGAAAACGGCCGGGUGCGGCGGCUGGAUUUGGGCGCCGGCACCAUCCGGACAAUUGCUGGUGGCGCCACUACUGAUGAGGUGAGCGACGGCCUGGAUGCUGCCAGCAGCAAGCUCUUCCGCCCUAGCGGCCUGGCGCUGGACACCGCCAGGGGCUUUCUCUAUGUGAGCGACUUCCACCAGAACCGGCUCCGACGGGUUGACUUGGGCUCCAAUGCUCUCACUGGAGGCACGGUGACCACGGUGACGGGCACCGCCUUGGGCGCCGGCUUCGAGCACCGGCUGCUGAAGCCCUCGGGGCUCCUACUGGAUACCACGUCGGACCUGCUCUACGUGGCGGACUCCGGGCACGCCCGACUGCGCAUAGUGGACCCCACCACGACAACUUGCGGCGCCGAGCUGCCGACCUUCGCCACGAAGCAGUUCUGUGGCCAGCAGAGCAUGUCCGAAGCGGACUGUUUGCUUCUAGGCUGCUGCUACGACGCCAGCUGCGCCUCCCUGCCCAACUUUGAUGGGCGCCAGACGCCGGGCUUCCAACCGGAGGAUGUCCUCACCCGCGUUGACGGCGCCAAGCUAGAACCGCCCAUCUCCUUCGUGUACGGAGGCACGGAGCGCUGCUGCCACCCCAACCUGCGGCCCAUGGCGACGCUGGACGUGGCCGAGUGGCCCAACGGCCUGGCGCUGGACGCCGCCAACCGACUGCUCUACGUCGCAGAAGGCAAAGACCAUCGUGUGGUACGCAUUCAUCUCGAUGAAGGGCGAUGCGUCUCCGCCGAUGCCUCUUCACAGGUGUGCUGA